CACAUGGUUUUCGUGUACGGAACACUGAAGGUUGGCGAGAUAAACCACAGCUCCUUGACGGACCCGGAUAACGGAAUGGCAGAUCUGGUUGGAGCAGCCAUAACUAUUGACAAGUGGCCCCUCGUCAUUUUGCCAUCUUCCGGCGUACCCUACAUGCUUGACAUUAAGGGCCAAGGAUACAGAGUAGUUGGUGAAGUUUAUACGGUCGACGACAAGAUGCUGGCAAAGUUGGACGAGCUCGAGUCCGUUCCCGAGCUUUACUACCGCACAUUGGUGGAUGUCGAGCUUUUAACAGACCACCAUGAUGACAGCGAUGGACCCUUUAAGGCGUGGAACUACUUUGAGGCACACAACAGUGAAGAAAUGCUACGGUUGCCUUACAUAUCCAACUAUACGUCCGAGUGAGGCUCUGCGACUUCAGUAUAAUAUGUGCUCAGGUGCUAAAAGGAAUGGAUGUUUUCGGGGGGGGGUUUCGUGCCAUAGUAAUGACCCUGCAAAAGAAGGGAGCUUGUUUUUUUUCCCAUGGCAACAAAAAUGGCAUGUUGAAUUUUAGUUGCUCAUUGCUUUUAUUAUAGCAUUUGGCGGUCUACAG